CAGGUGGCGGCGGGCAGGAGGCGCCGAGGAUGUGCGGCUGGCCGCUGCUCCUGCUGUGGGGGCUGCUCCCCGGGGCGCCGGCGGGGGGCUCGGGCCGCUCCUUCCCGCACCGCACGCUCCUCGACGCGGAGGGCAAGUACUGGCUGGGCUGGGGCCAGCGGGGCAGCCGGCUCGCCGUGCGCCUCGAGGUGCGCACCGCCGGCUACGUGGGCUUCGGCUUCUCGCCCACCGGGACCAUGGUCUCCGCCGACAUCGUCGUGGCCGGGGUGGCCCACGGGAGACCCUACCUCCAGGACUAUUUUACAAAUACAAAGAAGGAGUUGAAAAAAGACCCUCAGCAAGAUUACCAACUAGAAUAUGCCAUGGAAAACAGCACACACACAAUAAUUGAAUUUACCAGAGAACUGCACACCUGUGACAUCCAUGACAAGAGCAUAACGGAUAGCACAGUGCGAGUGAUCUGGGCCUACCAUCAGGAAGAUGUAGGAGAAGCUGGUCCCAAGUACCACGACUCCAAUAGAGGCACCAAGAGUCUACGUUUGUUGAAUCCAGAGAAAGCCAGCAUGUUGCCUACAGUCUUGCCAUACUUUGACCUUGUAAAUCAGGACGUCCCAAUCCCAAACAAAGGUACAACGUAUUGGUGCCAAAUGUUUAAGAUUCCUGUGUUCCAGGAAAAGCAUCAUGUAAUAAAGGUUGAGCCGGUGAUACAGAGAGGCCAUGAGAGCAUGGUCCACCACAUCCUGCUCUACCAGUGCAGCAGCAGCUUUAAUGACAGUGUUCUGGACUAUGGCCACGAAUGCUACCACCCAAACAUGCCCGAUGCCUUCCUCACCUGCGAGACAGUGAUUUUUGCCUGGGCCAUUGGUGGAGAGGGUUUCUCUUAUCCACCUCAUGUGGGAUUAUCCCUGGGCACUCCAUUAGAUCCCCAGUAUGUGCUUCUGGAAGUCCAUUAUGAUAACCCGACACACAAGAAAGGCUUAAUAGAUAGCUCUGGGCUGAGGUUAUUUCAUACGAUGGACACAAGGAAGUACGAUGCUGGGGUGAUCGAGGCUGGGCUCUGGGUGAGCCUCUUCCAUACCAUCCCUCCAGGGCUGCCUGAGUUCCGCUCCGAAGGUCACUGCACCCUGGAAUGUCUAGAGGAGGCUCUGGAAGCUGAGAAGCCGAGCGGGAUCCAUGUGUUUGCGGUUCUCCUCCACGCGCACCUGGCUGGCAGAGGCAUCAUGCUGCGUCAUUUUCGCAAGGGGCAGGAAAUGAAAUUACUGGCGUAUGAUGAUGACUUUGACUUCAAUUUCCAGGAGUUUCAGUAUCUAAAGGAAGAGCAAACGAUCUUACCUGGAGACAAUCUAAUCACUGAGUGCCGCUACAACACAAAGGAUAGAGUUGGGAUGACUUGGGGAGGACUCAGUACCAGGAAUGAAAUGUGUCUCUCCUACCUACUUUAUUACCCAAGAAUUAAUCUUACCCGAUGUGCCAGUAUUCCAGACAUCAUGGAACAGCUGCAGUUCAUUGGUGUAAAGGAGAUCUACAGACCAGUAACCACAUGGCCUUUUAUUAUCAAAAGCCCCAAGCAGUACAAAAAUCUUUCUUUCAUGGAUGCGAUGAAUAAAUUCAAAUGGACUAAAAAGGAAGGCAACUCAUUCAAUAAGUUGGUCCUUAGUCUGCCAGUGAACGUGAGAUGCUCCAAGACAGACAACGCAGAGUGGUCGAUUCAAGGGAUGACAGCCUUACCACCAGAUAUCGAAAGACCGUAUAAAGCAGAGCCUCUGGUGUGCGAAACCUCUUCGUCUCCUUCUCUUCACAGAAACAUCUCUUUCCAGGUGCUCCUAGGCUUCCUGCUGCUCGGAAGCACACUGAACACCAAGUGCUGGUGAUUGUACUCGAUUUCAACGUGGCGAUCACAGCGUGUGAGCACUGAGUCUGCCUCUCAAAUGCAGGUGAAGACAGUCCACUCUGGGCAUGAAGAGCUGGUCCUGGAGACCCUGGAGGGGAUACGCGUCUAUAUUCCCUUCCUUCCCUGCCCUGCCUCACCAGGCUCCCUAAGGACUGUCACUGGGAUUCUCUGCUUUUCCUCAGACAUACCUAAGGUUCUGAGCAGG